GCUCAAGUGUAAAGAAUUCAUUUUGAGCUGUGCAACCUCUAAGGCAAUCUAUAGUCGACGUUAUGAUGGGAUUGAGAUUAAUAAUUGGUAUUUUCCUGCUUGCUGGACUAAGUUUUGGCUUUAGGAAACUUGAGCUAUGUCCAAAACACAUACCCCACAAAGAAUUCUUUGAUGUAAAAAAAAAUGUUUGGUAUUUGGUAUUCACAUUAUCGAACAACGACGCAAGCUAAUCAAACACUGAACUGUGUGCGAUCUCAUGUGCGAGAGGAUGUCGACGAUGGAUUAUAUAUCAAAACAUAUUAUCAAUUUCCCAAAAAUAAUUCGAUUGUAAUUCAACGAGCUAAAAUAUAUGGACUUCAAAGUAGUGGAUAUUUCCGAACUCGAAAGUUAGUAUGGAAAUAUGAGAAACUACCUAGGAAAUAUUCUGAACAUUGGGUUAUAGAUACAGAUUAUAAAACUUAUAGAGUUAGCUUCAACUGCAUGAAUUUAACCUCUUAUGGCAGAGUGACUGGCAGUCAGCAGAUUUUAUUACUUCAAACACGUACAAAGUUUCCAACUCGAGGGUUAAUCGAAAAGCUGAAGGGAAUUGCCACGAAAGCUGGAUUGUCUAUAGAGCACGCUUUUAAAGUGGACCAAAGGAAUUGUCCAUUAAGAUUUUAAAUCAAUGAAUAUUAGAAUUGUUAAAUGUUCUAAAAAGCAAACAUUU